UGUUAUCAGAUUUCGUGCUAUCAAACUCACUUCCCAAAAUCUCACCAAGUUGCACGUCUAGUUCGUCGUUAAAGCAGGGCCAUUAUUUUGGUUUUUAAAGUUGUCCCUAAGUGCUGUUAAACUGUUGGUGUAUACGUUUAGACUACCGUUUGAUUUCUACAAGAUGGGAUGUAAGUUGCGAAACAAAGAUUUUCUGCUGUUGCUGCUAAUUGGGUGCAUAUUUUGCUUCCUCUCGUCAAUAAUCUACAUAUCCGUUACUUGUCGAACGGCAAUAGCAAAAAACAACGUAACAAAGAUCUUGGCAGAUUAAGAAUUGCCUGUCUGUAUAGGAAACCUUGUCGAUCAAAGGGAAUACCACUACGCAAAAGAGGCAAAAGGGUCUUACAAUAGCAAGCGGCUGAUGUCCGACGGCGGUGCCUGCAAACUUGUGCAGUAGGCAUACACGGCCAGUCACAUUGCAGCCUGUCUCGAUGCAAUGAAAGAAGGCAAACCUGUUCAAACGUUGCACUUUCUAUUCAUGGGAGAUUCAAGAAUUCGACAACAGUUUUUCAAUUUCGUUAGGCUCAUUCCGGAUUUCGACAAAAUAUCGCAACCGACCAUUAUCCCAAACGCUUAUCACGCAGAAAUAGAAAUUACCAGUCAGAUUCUCGGAUUGAAACUAUCAUUCAGAUGGCAACCGCUUAUAAAUGACAACGUUAUCAAAACGAUGCGUCGAUGGGCGGAUUCCUAUGAAACGGAACGACCUCAUUUGAUUUUCCUAAGUAUGGCAGUCCAUCACAUGUUGCCGUACGCUGCGGUUGAACACUGCAAUGACUUUGAGCUGUAUCAAGACAAGCUAAUGGAACUUGGACCAGUCCUUGGUCAGCUAGCAAAUGUUAGCCAAAUCAUUUGGCUGAGUCAGUAUCCAUCCGUCGAUUUCUAUGGUAACAUUAAUUCUUCUAACACAGCCGUUUUUUCGGAAAAAAUCCACCUUUACAACAAAGCAGUUCAUCGUAUUCUUGGGAAUUAUCCAAGCAUACGCAUAUGGGAUUCCAGUAAUCUGUUGGCAGUUGAGUAUUCUCGCAGCUGCGUCAUCAUCCGACGUGAUGUGCGAUUUGGCCCAUUCUCAUUCAAGGCGCACAUCGGUUACGCUAAUGCAUACGUUACCUGCAAGGAUUACAUACACACUGGCUACUCGGCUCUCUCACAAGCCACCCAGCUACUUUUAAAUGACAUUUGCAAUGAACAUCAAGUGUUUUACGCGCUGUAACAUGCGUUAAUAGAACUUUCAUCAAUUCAGAUGUAGCAUACAUUUCUUGGAUUCAGAGAA